AUGGACAUCAGAAAUUUUUUUAAAAAACCCAAACUGUGUGAUUCUCUUAGUGAAGCCUCUACUGGCUCUAAUUCAAUUAAAAUAAAUAAUACAGUCAAUAUAGAGUCGUCGGAAUCGUGUGUAGUUGAAAGUGCUUCGGUUACCGUGAAUACAAAAAAUAACGACGGUCAUGUCAUCUUAACCAAUGAAAAAGAUAUUGGAAAUUAUUUGAACGUCGAAAAUAUUGACGAUUGUUUAAAACAUGAACUUUUACGUAAUCCUUGGGUACCGAAUACUACUUAUGACUUUAAGACUCUUGAGGGUGUGAAAGGAGCUUUUUGUAGAAUAUGUGUGUUGUUCAAGCCAUCAAUUCAUAGAGGCGUACAAGGUGGAUUUAUAGUAAAACCGUUUACCAAGUAUAAGGAUUUUCAUGCAUCUUCUAAAAUACACUUGUCUUCAAAUUGGCACACUGAAUCAAUGUCAAGAGCGAAAGAUUUUAUGGAUGUUAUGAAAGCCGAAAGGCUAAAAUUAAAACCUAUUAUAUCAACUAUUUUGUUUUGUGGAACUCACGACCUUCCCUUACGAGGGAAAAAAUCAGAUUCUGGUGUUUUUCACGAUCUUUUGAAUUUUCGUAUUGAAUCUGGCGAUGAGAUAUUGAAAGAUCAUUUUUUAACUAACGUGGGAAAUGCUAAAUAUUCGUCCCAUAGAACUCAAAAUGAAUUAAUCACAUUAUGUGGAAAGAUAUUAAAAGAAGAAAUAGUGUGCGAAGCUAAUGCCGCGAAUGCGUUUUCCAUUAUUUCUGACGAAUCGGCAGAUAUUUCUGGUGUUGAGCAGCUAACAAUUGUAAUUAGAUUUUUAGACAAGCAGUCAAGUCCUAUAAAGAUUCGAGAAGAAUUCCUUGGCUUUUUACCAUUAGAUAAAUUAGACGCAGAAUCAGUUGCUACUAAAAUUUUAUCAUUUAUGGAAGACAGUGGCCUUUGUUCGAGAUAUAUUAUGAUAUUUUUUCCCUUGCGAUAA